GUUGAUUUGGCGGUUGAAAUUGUCGGUUGUGUGGAGUAAACGACCCCAAGAUCCAGCCAUAAAAGGGCUACUGACUAGAAGGUUGCGUGUCUGUGUAUAAAAACUAGUAUUGCGUGUAUAUCUGGUGUGUGGGUGUGUGUGUGUGUGUGCGGUAGUUGAGUGUCGGAUGUUGGGAAAGUCAAAUAAGAUGCAAGCUGAACUAGCCUUGAUUAAAGAAGUUGCACGCAGGAAGAAGACGAACCGUAGUGGAGAGGAGUGAAUGUAAUUAACAACAAGAAGAAGCAGGAGCAGCUGUUGUCACAGCUGAAACUUCAACAAAAAUGUUGCAGUACGCCAAAGGACCCUCUUACAAGGACACUGCCGGAACAAAAGCUGCCGCUAUUCAUUUCCAAUUAAAUUAAACGAAGCGUCAAGGACUCCACUUGCUCCAUCGAUCUUUCCUCAAUCCUCCAUCCCGUCAUCACCAUCUCACUCACGCAUCCCUCGUGGCGCGUAAUGAGGAGUACAUCCCGUACGGGUUUACUGCACCGCGUCGCACCUAAGAGUCUUCAUGUUCAACGUUAUUCCGGAGGAUUGUUGCUGUUUCUGCUGGGUCUUUAUCAGUUGACUCACUGCCAUGCCGAGGUCUUUAGCCUGGGCUACCUCACGGGUUCGCAACGUCGUCCGGGAAAUCUAGACUAUCAGAGACCUGGUAUUACCAUAUCUGGGGCCAUUUCUCUGGCUGUCGAGCAGGUUAAUGCUGGCAGAUUGCGGACAUUGGGUCACUCCCUUGAGUUCGUUGUGGCGGAGACGUUCGGGGACGAAGUCGCCAGCAUUAGACAGACGGCGGCACUGUGGACACAACAAGUUGCUGCCUACAUUGGCCCGCAGGAGACUUGUGUUCACGAGGGUCGCAUGGCGGCGGCUUUUAAUCUUCCUAUGAUAUCCUAUUACUGCACGCAUCGUGAUCCUUCCAACAAGCUGGACUUUCCAACUUUUGCCAGAACUCGACCCCCGGACACACAGAUCUCCAAGUCAGUGGUAGCACUUCUGCUGGCCUUUAACUGGACCCAGGUGAGCUUCCUUUACCUGGACGAUGCCAGCAGUCAGUACCAGCCCGUGGCAGAAACUAUACUCAACACCCUGAGCGGGGCAGGUGUCGCAGUACGCGACAUUCGUACCUGGAAUACCAUAUACCAUCAUGGAUUUAUGGCCAACCCGUUUGACGCUCUCGUGGAACAAACUCAUGCGAACACGCGCAUCUACUUGGUGCUAGGACACUACUACGAGCACGUGGGAUUGAUGGUUAGUCUGCAGCAGAAGGGUCUCUUAGCACAUGGCGAGUACUUUGUGGUGGGCAUCGACAUUGAGCAGUAUGACCCAGCUAAGCCAGAGAAGUAUCUCCGGGGCAUGCUAAUGGAGGAAGUGGAGCCACUGGCGGCACAAGCAUUUCAGUCGUAUCUCGGCAUUGUGCCAACUGCCCCCGUUUCCUUUGCCACAUUCGCCCACGAGGUAAACAAAUAUAUGGAACGAGCACCAUUCAACUUUCCCAAUCCUCUGGGUCUUUUCGGUGGUGCAAAGCAGAUAAGCGCUGAAGCGGCCUAUCUCUACGAUGCCGUUCAUCUCUACGCCAAUGCCCUUCUCUCCGUUCUGGAGGCCGGUGGGAAACCCAAAAACGGCAGCGCGAUUGUCGCGGCCAUCAAAGGGUCUCGGUAUCUCAGCGCCAUGGGUUACCAUGUGUACAUCGAUGAGAAUGGCGACGCUGCCGGGAAUUAUACAGUAUUAGUGAGAGGAAGAGUCCGCAACAAUCGCAACCAGACCGUGUUGGGUCUAGUGCCUGCGGGAACUUUUAGCCACAAGAGCAUGAACAGCACAAACAGCAGCAACACUGAUGCCUUGCCCAAGCAGGAUCUAAACCUGUACCGUCGCAUCGAUUGGGUUGGUGGUGUGCGUCCUGCGGCAGCUCCACGUUGCGGCUUUGGCGGCGAGAACUGCGUCAAUUAUACUGGCGAAAUCUCGGCCGGCAUCGCUGGAGGUGCAUUGCUCCUGUUGGCUCUCGUCUCGCUGGUUCUUUAUCGCAACUGGCGCUACGAGCAGGAGCUGGACAGUCUGCUCUGGAAGAUCGACUUUCGCGAGGUUCAGGUGCACGAAAACGAGCGAGAGCAACAGAGUCUAAAGCAAACCCGACAUUUCAUAAAUCAAUUGCCGCGUCGUCUUCCUUCGCAGUCCACCCAUCCGCUAAUCCGCACCAGCCAGGUCAGCCUCAGCUCCAAUCCAGAUGCUGAUUUUCGAUACACGACCAUUUUCACCCCAAUAGGACUUUAUAAGGGGCAGCUCUAUGCCAUUAAGAAGGUUCGCAAGAAAAGCGUAGAUAUCACUCGCGAGAUGAAGAAGGAAUUGAAGCUGCUGAGGGAUGCUCGACACGACAACAUUUCUGCUUUUAUCGGCGCCUGCACAGAGCCACCCAACAUCUGCAUCAUCAGCGAAUAUUGCACUCGGGGCAGUCUAAAGGAUAUACUGGAGAACGAGGACGUCAAGCUGGACAACAUGUUCAUUGCCUCCAUGGUGGCGGACAUUAUACGCGGCGUCAUCUACUUGCACGAAUCGCCCAUCCGCUUCCACGGCUCGCUGUGCACAUCCAAUUGCUUGGUCGACUCCCGUUGGGUGGUAAAGCUGACGGACUUUGGUUUGUUUGCAUUCAAACAAGGCAUUGAGGACAACUCCACGGACAUGCAGCAUAUGUCGGCCAAGUGUCUGAAGCUGCUGUACAGGGCUCCAGAGCUUUUGAGGCUGGGUCCAUCCUCGCUGGUAAUGGGCACACAGCGUGGAGAUGCCUAUUCCUUUGCCAUUAUACUCUACGAGAUGCACGUGCGUCGAGGUCCUUUCGGAGAGACGGGUCUAACGCCCAUGCAGUGUAUUCAGAAGGUUAUGCAGCCCCAGGAUCAGGUGCAUCCCUAUCGACCAUCGCUGCAACCACUCGAGACGGCUUUCGAUUGCGUCAGUGAGUGUCUUCGUGAGUGCUGGGCUGAGCGUCCCGAGGAUCGGCCCGAGUUCAAGACAAUACGCACCAAGCUUAGGCCACUCCGAAAGGGAAUGAGACCCAACAUCUUUGACAAUAUGAUGGCCAUGAUGGAGAAGUAUGCCAACAAUCUGGAGGCAUUGGUUGACGAUCGCACAGAUCAGCUGCAGGAAGAAAAAAAGAAGACUGAUGCGCUGCUGCAUGAGAUGCUGCCGCGCUGCGUGUCCGAUCAGCUGAAGAAGGGUCACAAAGUGGAUCCGGAACACUACGAGCAGGUCACAAUAUAUUUUAGCGAUAUUGUCGGUUUUACGGCCAUGUCUGCGGAGAGUUCGCCCCUACAAGUGGUCGACUUUCUCAAUGAUCUCUACACCUGCUUUGAUUCCAUCAUCGGCCAUUACGAUGUCUACAAGGUGGAAACCAUUGGCGAUGCGUACAUGGUCGUUUCGGGUCUGCCUCUACGCAAUGGAGAUCUGCACGCCGCCGAGAUUGCGACGAUGUCGUUGCACUUGCUCAGCGCCGUGUCCGAGUUUAAGAUUCGACACCGACCCACUAACCGGUUGUUGCUCCGAAUCGGCAUCCACUCAGGACCCGUUUGUGCCGGCGUCGUCGGACUAAAGAUGCCCCGGUACUGCCUCUUUGGGGAUACCGUCAACACGGCCUCUCGCAUGGAGUCAAGCGGAGUGCCGCUAAAGAUUCAUUGCAGCUGGCAGUGCAGGCAACUGUUGGAGCGACUGGGAGGCUACCAAUGUCAGGAACGCGGCGUAAUCUCGAUGAAGGGGAAGGGAGAACAACGCACUUACUGGCUAAUGGGCGAGGAUGAUGAGGCGCGAGUCCGUCGCACUUACGAGCGUUCACAGCGGCGUGGUUCGCGGGCACUAAACAAGUUCAUCCAGGGCACCAUUAAGCAGGCCCAGGAGCAGGCCAACGAUUGUGGAAUUCGCUCAUCCCUGAAGCAGAAGAACUUACCACGUAAUUCGCUAACCCGAUCCUCCAGCCUUGAGUCGCCCAAAAAACUGCGUUUUGCGGCUGGAAAUAUGUUGGAGCAUCACCGCUAUCACAGUGACGAGGCAUUGCUGGAGGUGGAUUCUUACACCGGCCUGCGACGUUCAUCUGGUGGCUCCACGCACUCGCGCUAUGAGGAGUCAACUCUAUCCUGCCAAAGCAGCGAACACCUCGAGGCGGUGGAUCACAAGCGGCGACCCUCCUCCUAUCCGACGGCCAACACGCCCCUAUUGCUAAAUCACGUGGAGGUCUAAGCGGAAGGAGGAGGACAUAAUCCAAAUACAGGAAUCAUAAAUAGUAGAAUUAGUCAUCAGUAUCAUAAGCCAAGUAUUAUUGUGGUGUUCAGUUCUUGUCGCGUUGCUUUAAGUGUUGUUUGAGCGUGCAUUAACCCCGAUCUCGAUAACCUUAAAUAUGAAUUUCAGAUUCACAAAAGAUCGGAGGUAGUGCGCUCUAGAUUUUGUGUGGAAUUUGUAGUAUCAGCCUAUUGUGAGAGUGAUUAUAAAUCUAGUCGUUGCAUAAAUCAAAUACGCUAGCUUAGCGAGUAACUUAAUCUUAAAUCAAAUAAAAUAAAUCCCCUAGCCAAGUUAACUUCCAUGCAUAGAUGUAUCUAGGAGUAAGCAAAUUUACUGGGAAUCAUUUAUUUAUUUAGUUUUAUUACAAUUGUUUGUCGUCUUGAAGACAUUUUGCUAUUAUAAUUGUAUUGCUUUAUGUUUUUUAUUAUAUUUCAAACUUAACGUUUUAUAAGUACUCGAUUUAAAAACCAAUUUGUGCA